CGCGCUCGUCCCACAUAAACACUUUUUUCUUUCUUUCAUGGACGACUUGGAAGCAGGCGGACGUCCACCACGUUAUGCCAACAAAAGCAUGGCCCUAACAUUGAAUAUAUAAGGCAGCCAUUGUAGAAGGAAGGAGCUAGAAAGAAAUCUAAAUUCUCCCAUGAAAGUGCUUCGUCCUAAUCUUCUUCCCUUCUGCACUGAAGAGCUUUUUCAUCCUUCACAUUGUGGGGAGUGGUGACAUUAGAGAUCAAAUGGGCAGAACAGCCUGCAGCUUCAUUUUCCCAAUUGUUCUUCUUCCGCUGGGGCUCGUAGUGGUCGACAUGGCGGAGUCUCCCUUUUGGUACUGCACCGGAAACUCCAACUACACGGCGAACAGCACCUUCGACCACAACCUGCGCAGCGCGUUGGCCUCUCUGGAAGCCAACGUUUCGCUCACCAGCUUCUACAAUGCCACCGAGGGAAGAAAACCCGACCAAGUCAUUGCCGCGGUUCAGUGUCGAGGCGACCUCGACGGCGAAGCUUGUCAGGCCUGUGUAUCUGAGUCUACCACAGAGAUCACCCAGCGCUGCCCCAACAGCAGGGCGGCUCUCUUUGCCUUCCAAAGCUGCGUCAUGUACUACCGCGAUACCAACUUCAUCAUACCUCCCUCAUUUAUGGAUAUUUCUCUCCCGGGCCCUGGCGCCAUCCCCGACCCCCAAAGGUUCAGGACCAUGCUCAUUUCCUUUUUCAACAAGCUCAUCGUUUCUGCUACCACCAAUCCUUCGGGACGCUUGUUCUGGGGCGACAAGUUCCACUACACUGAAGACGUGACUGUCUACUGCACAGCACAGUGCGUACGAUAUUUGGCACCACAGGACUGUAAAUCUUGCUUAGACAUGGCUUUCAUCCGAAUGCUCAAAGAUUUUGCAGACAGACAGGGCGGUGCAACUUUUUCUAGAAUGGCGUGCUCUGUAAGAUUCGAGACCUACCCCUUUUUCACUCCCCCAUCUCACCAGAUUGACACUAGCGCCGUAAAUUUCAUCACAUCCGACUGCUCCCCACCGGCAUCGAGCGGCAUGAUAGGCACCCCUUUCCAUAGAAACUUCAAGCUUCUGCUCUCUUAUCUGACAGAGACCGCGCCAAUCUCUGGCUUCUACAACGACGCCGUCGGCUUUGGGUCCAACCAAGUCUAUGGCCAACUCUUGUGCCGAGGCGACGUCCCUGUAGACGUUUGCUGGAACUGCACAGCCCAGGCUUCUACCAAAAUCCAGGAGCUGUGCCCCAACAGCAGAAGGGCAACCAUAUGGUUCGACCACUGCCAGUUGCGCUACUCUGACGUGAGGUUCGCUGGCACGGUAGAUGUCUAUGACAGGGCAUGCCAAGCAGCAGCAGAGGAUGCGUCAAGCCCAGCAAGCUUCAAUCAGAACUUGAGAAUCCUCAUCGCCAACCUGACCUCGCUGGUGGCGCCGACCUUUCCCAAUCGCUUUUUUGCUACAGGGACUUCCGUGCUUACGGACUCAAAGAGGAUCAACGCUUUGGUGCAGUGCGUGAGAGAUAUACCUCUGGACCAAUGUAGGUGGUGCUUGCAGAAUGCCAGCGCUGAUAUUGAGGGAUGCUGUAAUGGAAAACAAGGCUGUCGCAUCCUCAGGGGAAGCUGCAGUUUGGCUUUCGGAGUGCGGCCCUUCUUUUUUGGCGAUCCCACAUUCGUAUCCCUUCCGCACCCCAACCAUCGGCAUAAACGCUGGUGGAUAUUUACCAUUAUCGGCAUCAUUGGCGUGGUAGUGUUAGCAGGAGUAUGGGUGUUGUGCUUGGUUCGGAGAAGACAGAAACCUUUAAAGAUUCUAGAACAUAAAGAAGCCUCUUUGUUUGAUGUUGGGAGUACAAAAGAGAACAAGGCACACUAUGAUCUACCACAAAUCAGCCUAAAGGCAAUACAGAGUGCUACAGUAAAUUUUGCGGAAGAAAAUAAGAUUGGAGAAGGUGGAUAUGGUCCUGUUUACAUGGGGAAGCUUCCCAAUGGACAAGAAGUGGCUGUGAAGAGGCUGUCUGGAAACUCUGGGCAAGGUUUAAAGGAGUUCAGGAAUGAAAUUGAGUUGAUUGCCAAACUUCAACAUACAAACCUGGUUAGGCUGAUUGGUUGCUGCUUGGAGAAGGGGGAGAAGCUGCUCAUAUAUGAAUAUAUGCCAAAUAAAAGCCUCGAUGCCUUGCUGAAAGAUCCAAAAGGCCGCAUAUUGUUGAAUUGGGGAAAGAGGUCCAAUAUCAUCAUGGGAAUUGCAAGGGGGCUCCUUUAUCUUCACCAAGAUUCUCGACUUAACAUCAUUCAUCGGGAUCUCAAGGCUGGCAACGUGUUGUUAGAUGAGCAACUAAAUCCUAAGAUUUCUGACUUUGGAAUGGCAAGAAUUUUCAGUGGAGUUCACGGACAAGAAACUACCAGUGUUGUUGUUGGCACAUAUGGAUACAUGGCACCAGAAUAUGCUAUGGAUGGCGUGUUCUCGACUAAAUCUGACGUUUACAGCUUUGGUAUUUUGUUGCUGGAAAUCAUCAGUGGCCAACUGAAUUCAAGUUUCGUUGAUACUCACCAAGCUCACAGCCUUGUCGGGCAUGCCUCGAGAUUGUGGGGUGAAGGAAACGGGAAAGGGUUCAUUGAUCCAGUCCUGAAAGAGACAAGUUCAACCGGUGAAAUGCUAAGAUGUCUGCAAAUUGGCUUGCUCUGCAUUCAAGAUUCUGCAAGCAGACCAACCAUGUCAACAGUGGUUCUCAUGCUUGGGAACAAGUCUUUGGAUCUCCCCUUGCCCAAGCAACCUGCAUUUAUCCAGGAGAAUGUUGUGGAAUCAUGUCAAUUAUUUUCUUCUGAUAUAGAGUCUGUUCCUAUUAGCAGUACAAAUGGGCUUUCACCGAAAACAGCCUGCUGCUUCAUUUUCCUAGUUGUUCUUCUUCUUCCGCUGGGGCUCGUGGACAUGGCCAAGUCUCCCUUUUGGUACUGCACCGGCAACUCCAACUACACGGCGAACAGCACCUUCGACCACAACCUGCGCCGCGUGUUGGCCUCCCUGGAAGCCAACGUUUCCCUCACCAGCUUCUCCAAUGCCACCGAGGGCAGGAAACCCGACCAAGUCACUGCCGUGGUUCAGUGUCGAGGCGACCUCGACGGCGAAGCUUGUAAGGCCUGUGUAUCUGAGUCUACCACAGAGAUCACCCAGCGCUGCCCCAACAGCAGGGCGGCUCUCCUUACCUUCCAAAGCUGCAUCAUCUACUACCGCGAUACCAACUUCAUCAUUCCUCCCUCAUUUAUGGAUAUUUCUCUCCCGGGCCCUGGCGCCAUCCCCGACACCCAAAGGUUCAGGUCCAUGCUCAUUUCCUUUUUCAACAAGCUCAUCGUUUCCGCUACCACCAAUCCUUCGGGACGCUUGUUCUGGGGCGACAAGUUCCAUUACACUGAAGACGUGACUGUCUACUGCACAGCACAGUGCAUGCGAAAUUUGGCACCACAGGACUGUAAAUCUUGCUUAGACAUGGCCUUCGUCCGAAUGCUCAAAGAUUUUGCAGACAGACAAGGCGGUGCAACUUACUAUAGAAUGGCGUGCUCUGUAAGAUUCGAUACCUACCCCUUUUUCACUCCCCCAUCUCACCAGAUUGACACUAGCACCGUAAAUUUCAUCGCAUCCGACUGCUCCUCACCGGCAUCGAGCGGCAUGAUAGGCACCCCUUUCCAUAGAAACUUCAAGCUUCUGCUCUCUUAUCUGACAGAGACGGCGCCAAUCUCUGGCUUCUACAACGACGCCGUCGGCCUUGGCUCCAACCAAGCCUAUGGCCAACUCUUGUGCCGAGGCGACGUCCCUGUAGACGUUUGCUGGAACUGCACAGCCCAGGCUUCUACCAAAAUUCAGGAGAUGUGCCCCAACAGCAGAAGGGCAACCAUAUGGUUCGACCACUGCCAGUUGCGCUACUCUGACGUGAGGUUCGCUGGCACGGUAGAUGUCUAUGACAGGGCAUGCCAAGAAGCAGCAGAGGAUGCGUCAAGCCCAGCAAGCUUCAAUCAGAACUUGAGAAUCCUCAUCUCGAACCUGACCUCGCUGGUGGCGCCGACCUUUCCCAAUCCCUUUUUUGCUACAGGGACUUACGUGCUUACGGACUCAAAGAGGAUCAACGCUUUGGUGCAGUGCGUGAGAGAUAUACCUCUGGACCAAUGUAGGUGGUGCUUGCAGAAUGCCAGCGCUGAUAUUGAGGGAUGCUGUAAUGGAAAACAAGGCUGUCGCAUCCUCAGGGGAAGCUGCAGUUUGGCUUUCGGAGUGCAGCCCUUCUUUUUUGGCGAUCCCACAUUCGUAUCCCUUCCGCACCCCAACCAUCGGCAUAAGCGCUGGUGGAUAUUUACCAUUAUCGGCAUCUUUGGCGUGGUAGUCUUAGCAGGAGUAUGGGUGUUGUGCUUAGUUCGGAGAAGACAGAAACCUUUAAAGAUUCUAGAACAUAAAGAAGCCUCUUUGUUUGAUGUUGGGAGUACAAAAGAGAACAAGGCACACUAUGAUCUACCACAAAUCAGCCUAAAGGCAAUACAGAGUGCUACAGUAAAUUUUGCGGAAGAAAAUAAGAUUGGAGAAGGUGGAUAUGGUCCUGUUUACAUGGGGAAGCUUCCCAAUGGACAAGUGGCUGUGAAGAGGCUGUCUGGAAACUCUGGGCAAGGUUUAAAGGAGUUCAGGAAUGAAAUUGAGUUGAUUGCCAAACUUCAACAUACAAACCUGGUUAGGCUGAUUGGUUGCUGCUUGGAGAAGGGGGAGAAGAUGCUCAUAUAUGAAUAUAUGCCAAAUAAAAGCCUCGAUGCCUUGCUGAAAGAUCCAGAAGGCCGCAUAUUGUUGAAUUGGGGAAAGAGGUCCAAUAUCAUCAUGGGAAUUGCAAGGGGGCUCCUUUAUCUUCACCAAGAUUCUCGACUUAACAUCAUUCAUCGGGAUCUCAAGGCUGGCAACGUGUUGUUAGAUGAGCAACUAAAUCCUAAGAUUUCUGACUUUGGAAUGGCAAGAAUUUUCAGUGGAGUUCACGGACAAGAAACUACCAGUGUUGUUGUUGGCACAUACGGAUACAUGGCACCAGAAUAUGCUAUGGAUGGCGUGUUCUCGACUAAAUCUGAUGUCUACAGCUUUGGUAUUUUGUUGCUGGAAAUCAUCAGUGGCCAACUGAAUUCAAGUUUCGUUGAUACUCAACAGGCUCACAGCCUUGUCGAGCAUGCCUCGAGAUUGUGGGGUGAAGGAAACGGGAAAGGGUUCGUUGAUCCAGUCCUGAAAGACACAAGUUCAACCGGUGAAAUGCUAAGAUGUCUGCAAAUUGGCUUGCUCUGCAUUCAAGAUUUUGCAAGCAGACCAACCAUGUCAACAGUGGUUCUCAUGCUUGGGAACAAGUCUCUGGAUCUUCCCUUACCCAGGCAACCUGCAUUUAUCUAGGGGAAUGUUGUGGAAUCAUGUCAAUUGUUUUCUUCUGAUAUAGAGUCUGUUCCUAUUAGUGGGCUUUCACCAAAUUAGGAGUCAUCAUUUAUGACCCACUUAAUUAAAAUAAUUAAUAAAUAUUUUGUUUCAAUGUUGGAGGAGUGCUCUUCACCGGCUGUAAAUGGGGGUUUGGCCCUAUGUGUUGUAUAAAUCAAGUCGCAGCAAUUGAGGUUUGUAUGAGUUGCGUGAGGUGUGUGGUAAUCUCGCUAGGCCAGCAUGCUUCUUUGUUGUUCAACAGUUGUUUAUGUACAUCUUGUAGACCAGUCUGUGCGGCUGGAGCUAGUGUGCUUCUAAGUUAGUGCGUAUGAUCA